CUUCAGCAUUUAGCUCAAUAAUAACAACAUUUGAGUAACGAAAAAGGCCUACAAGGUACCAAAUCACCACAAACUGUCAUCAAAAUAUGGAUCACAGAUUCCCAAAACAUGUUACCGGAGUACCGAUGAAAUCAACAAAGAGACUACUACCGUCUGAACCUUAUAAUCAACCCCAUUAUCCUGUUUCUUCAAAGAUGUAUAGCAUAGACAGAGAAGGCAGUUUAAAUGUCCUGAGAAAUAAAAAUCAAGUGAGUUCAAAACCAAAGUUUUUUGAAAUCAUGAAACACAACUUAAGUAAUGGUGCCAAAAUCGUUCAAUUUGCCAGCCAAGAUAAAAUCUUUAAGAAAAACUUCAGUGUUAAAGAAGGAGAGAAACUGUUGCAGACUUCCCAAUGCUACUUAUACACUACAGCCGGUGCAAUUGCAGGGCUUCUAUUUGUGUCUACAGAAAGGGUUGCAUUUUGCAGUGAUAGGUCCGUUGCAACAUAUUCCACUUCUGGCAAGCUGUUAAAGUUCCAAUAUAAGGUGUCAAUACCAUUAACUAAGAUUAAAGGAGUACUAGAAGCCAAGAAUAUGAAGAGGCCAUCCAACAGCUACGUGGAGCUAGCAACCGUUGAUGAUUUCAGUUUCUGGUUUAUGGGCUUCAUAAAUAUUAAGAAAACAUUAAAAGAUACCUCCAUCAGGCAAUCGGUCUGGACUACUUACUCAAUUGACGUUGAAGAAUGAUCCGUUAUUUCAUGUAAAUUUCAAAUGAAUUCUUUGUAGUUCUUUUCACAUUUUGGUAGAACAACUAUUCUACUUAUGUAUAUUCAUUCAUAUAUGAUUUUAAUGUAUCAUUACCA